AUGGAUGUUGUAAAGAGUAAGUGGAAGAAAAAUCCGAUAAUUCGCAAGGCAUGGGAGCGAUGCCAAUCACUAGGAAUUGGCAGCAAGACGACAAAUUUCAACUCAUUGACAAGCAAAUCAUGGAAGUACGGCCGUUUCGAGGAGGACAUGAACAUGAAGAUCAGCAAAAAGACAUGUCAAGUAGCUCCGGAAGGUUGUUUCUCAGUCUACGUUGGACCUCAAAGACAAAGAUUCGUGGUGAAGACGAAGUUUGCUAAUCAUCCAUUGUUCGUGAUGCUACUAGAGGAGGCUGAAUUGGAAUACGGGUACAAUAGCGAAGGCCCUAUCUUGCUCCCUUGUGAAGUUGAUACAUUCAACCAAGUGGUGGCAGAGAUCGAUGGAGAGUAG